AUAUCUAGAGGGAAAAAUAUGAACUUCACUAAAGUCUAACUACAUGUGGUGAGAUAUCUUGAUUUUGUAUUGUCUGUCUGCCAGUCUGUUUGUCUGUCAGGACUUUCUUUGAAACUAAAAGUAGGUUUUAAAUCAAGCUUUGUAGGAAGAUAUUGUACUUGUAAGAAGGUAUAGUACCAAGACUAGUUUUGCUUGUUGCAUUUUCCUGUCGUACAAUUUUUAUGGAAAUAAUAUGUCCCCUUAAAGGUCAGUUUUGGAGCGUAUCAUGGUGCCAAAGUGACCCAUCUGCUACUUUUAAGUGCAACUUAAAAUAGUAUAUGGGUGGCUUUAGCCUGAAGAAAACAAACAUUAUUCAAAAAUAACAUUUAAGGGGUCUUACUUAGCUCUCACAAUUCAUAGAAAGAUUGUCUGUGGUUAGUAGAUAACCUAUAUAGAUUUUGGCAGUCAAAAGUCAGUGUCACAGCUAGUGACUUUGAGACUUGAUACUGUGUUUGCUUCAUAAGUGAAAUCUGAAUAACCAUUGAGCCUAUAGCUGUCAAACUUGAUAGGGUGAAUGCUUGUGUCAGUAGGUCAAAAUCACAAUAACCUUCAGAGUGAAAGGGUUUCAGGUCAGUAACUAAACUGCUUACAAACUUCAUAGAAAGAUUGCCUCUGGUAAGUUGAUGAUCUGUUUUGUUGUAGGGGUCAGUACAUCAAAGGCUGUAUGAAUUUUAGACUGAAAACUGUUUUUGGUCAAGAACUGGAGCACUCUCACACAUAGAGACUUCAAACUUAAGAAAAUGAGGUUAAAAGAUCUCCUAUUAUUUUUUUUGUGUUUGUUUGUUUAUUUUGGGUUUAACGCCAUUUUUCAGCAGUAUUUCAGUUAUGUAACAGCGGGCAGUUAACCUAACCAGUGUUCCUGGAUUCUGUACCAGUACAAACCUGUUCUCCGCAAGUAACUGCCAACACCACAGGAAUCAGAGGUGGAGGAAGAAUGAUUUGAGACACAAUUUCUUUUAUUAAAUCGUCACGGAGAAUAUAAUUUUUGUGGUGAUUAGGUCAAGUUGAAAGUCACAGUGAUUUAGAGGAUGAAAAUUUUUCUUGUCAGUUACUGGAAUACACUCGGACCUACAGCCUUCAGACUUAAUGUGAUGAUUGCCUGUGGGCACUAUAAAAUAAAUAUAGCUUUAAGGUCAUUAGGUCAAGGUCAAGGUGAUAUUUAAUACUAAAAAGUACAUACCUAGUUAUGUCUGAAAAUCCAUCAUGCGAGGCAUAUGUGUUGUACAAACAACUUUUGUUUAAUAUUUGUAGAUUAGUUAUGGUUGCAUACAAUUGUUAUGCCACCCCUUCGAAGAAGGAGGGGUAUAUUGUUUUGCAGAUGUCGGUCAGUAUGUCGGUUGGUAGACCAAUCAGUUUCCGGAUGAUAACUCAAAAACGCUUGGGCCUAGGAUCAUGAAAGUUGAUAGGAAGGUUGGUCAUGAGUCAUGACCAGCAGAUGACUCCUGUAAAUUUUGAGGUUAGUACUAAAAGGUAAAGGUCAAAUGACCUGGAACAGUUAAACGGUUUCUGGAUGAUAACUCAAGAACGCUCGGGUCUAGGAUCUUGAAAGUUGAUAGGGAAGUUGGUCAUGACCAGCAGAUGACCUCUAUUGAUUUUGAGGCUAGUAGGUCAAAGGUCAAGGUCACAGUGAAGUGGAACAGGUAAACAGUUUCCGUAUGAUAACUCAAGAACGCUCAGGUCUAGGAUCUUUAAAGUUGAACGGGAGGUUGAUCAUGACCAGCAGAUGACCUCUAUUGAUUUUGAGGUUAGUAGGUCAAACAUAAAGGUCACAGUGGCCCAGAACACUUAAACCAUUUCCGGACAAUAACUUGAGAACGCUUGGGCCUAGGGUCACGAAACUUGAUAGGGAGGUAGAUCAUGACCAGCAGAUGACCCCUGUAGAUUUUGAGGUUAGAAGGUCAAAGGUCAAGGUCAGAGUGACCCAGAACAGUAGAACUUUUUUUGUCAAAUAACAAGAGAAUGAUUUGGUUUAAGAUCACAUUUGAUACAGAGGUCACUUAUCAACUGGUAAAUGACCUAUAAUUAUUGAUUUGAGGUCAGUACGUCAAAUGUCUAGUGCACAGUGACCAAAUAAUUUCUGUUCCUUGUGCAGUUGCUGAAUGCAUCAAGUUGGGCAUUACAUGUUCUACGAGCUCUUGUUUAUAUGGUUUUGGUCAUUUCCUAAUCUAUUUUCAAAAACAAAAGUAAAAUAGACUUAAAUUACCAACAUUGUAUGGUCUAACUUUUCUUUUUGUCUAUCUGCAAACACAUGACUGUCUUUGUGCUCUGGCCAGAUACCAGUAUUGCAUGUCAUUUCACCUUUCCAUUUAAAUUAAGUGGUAUGAGGAGACAUGUGCUUUACUAAAAGCAAUAUAUCUAGUUUUUCUAUUGUUAUAUUUGAAUUUUUAUGAGAUAAAUAGUCACAAUCAAGUAUUUGAGUAAAUUUAGGUUAUCUGUUUUGCCAUUGACCAAAAUGUCAUUAACGUUAGUUACUGAAGCCGCUUGUGCACUGGAUACAUUAUCAGUAACUUAAAGUUAUCAAAAAUGAUAUCAAGAGUGAUAGUAAUAUGUUUGUCAAAACAAAACUGUUUUUUAGUUUCUCAGAGCCUUUUUCCAUCAAUUAUCCAUCCAUCAAUAAAAUGGAUCUCAAGCAGUUAGGGAAGCGAAAGUUACUGUCCAGUGUCCAAAGUUAUACAUGGGGUUAUUUCUGAGCACUGUUUUGAAAUUAAGCAAUUGAACAUUUGUAUUUUGAGACUGGUGUCCAAACACUGUUCUGUAAUCUGGCAUCUAUUUAUAGCUUGUUGUGAAGCUUUAAAUCCUUACAUACUUAGUUUCUUUUGUACUGGGGCAUUUUGUAUAACUCAAAGAAUUUAAAAGCCUAAGAAACCAUAAAUACUUCAGCCUUAAUUAUUUUAAUGAGUUACAUGUCAAGUGCAGUUUUGUCAAGACCAGUGACCCUUCGGUUAACAAACUUAAAGGAUUCUUUUCUAAUUGGUGGAUUUCUUAAUGUCAGUGUCCUGUAAAAUCGGGAUUCAUUUAUAAAGUAGGGGAAAAACAUGUGUUGAAUUUUCAUAAAAAAAGUUUAGCUUCACAUCAUGCAUUUUAUAGAGGAUUUGACAGUUACGAGACUGUUAGUGGUUUCUUUCCAGUUGACAGUGUUUCUAGGUGUUUCAAGUGCAGCUGCACUGCAGAAGCCUGCAACAUGCAACAGACAAGAUGCUCUUUUUAAGCCAAGACAUGUUUACACAUACGACUACACGGUACAUAUAUCAAGCGCAUUUCAUGGAGCCUCGUCCUCCAUGUCUGGAUCAAAGUUAUCAUGCACAUUAACUCUGGGUGUUCCAAGAAGAUGUGAGCAUGUCUUACAGCUUUCAGCCUGUUCACUGUCAGAGCGAAGUCAAGGAGCAGACGACACUUACACUGCUGUACAUGAUGCGGAUCAGUUUCUGCAGGACUUGCAAAGAUAUUCAACAUACUUCCAAAUGAAUAAAGGUGUUGUCCUUGCCGACAGUAUUCUUGCUGAGAAUGCAGACACUCUGCAAGUAUUGAAUGUAAAACGAGGAAUUAUAUCUGCACUGCAGUUCCCUGUUUUGGAGGAAGAAGAAUACAAAAACCCUGCUAACAUGACUGACAUUUUUGGAAGAUGUUUAGUAGAAUAUGAUGUUUCCGAUGACACACACAUAACGUCAAUGCGGAACCUUCGAUAUUGUGAUCUGCCAAAUAUAUACACAAAACAAAUUAAUGUGAUACCAGGUCCGUCUGUUGGGCAGAUGGUUGGUGGUGUGAUAGAGGAACCUAUUACAGAGAUGAUAUAUCCAUUUGAAAUGACUGCAUCCUGCUUACAUACCUUGAACAGUGAUCAAACACUCGGUGAUGUAGACUGUUUACAGAAGCAGUACUAUAAACCUCUUGCCUACCAAGGUGAUUACCUGGUUACAGCCAUGACAAAUAUCAGCCAGAAAUUAGAACUAAAGAAUGCAGUGAAGAAGAAAACACCAAAACCAGAUUUGUCUUUAGUUGGAAGGUCUGUUAUUGACAUAAAAUUUGAUUUUGGAGUGGAUUUUAAUCGGGAAUCAAUGCUCGAGGAGAUUCGUGACAGUCUGACAGUACUUACACAGCAAUUUGAGAAGUCUGGUGACAGUUAUGGGUAUGAGUCAGUUCCAGGCAUGUUUGGAGAUCUCGUGCAGUUAUUCAGAUCUGCCACACAAGACACACUUGAGGAUCUAAUGAUUGAAGUGUUUGAUUGUGAUGAGGACAGUGAAGAUCCAACAAAGGUUACAGCUCAGGUAUUUUUCCUAGAUGGUUUGGAGUCAUGUGGAACAGAGUCCUGUAUAAAAGUCUUCCUUCACUGUAUGCUACAUGAUCACACAACUACGGUACAGACAGCAGCAUUCUUACAAGGUCUUAAAGACAUCCCACAUGCUUCAGAAGACAUACUAGAAAAACUACAUGAAUAUUGUCAGAGCAGUGAGGAGACAAUAUGCUGGUUGACUCUGGGAACUAUCCUUAGUAGGUCAGGCCCAGAGGAGUAUAAGGAAGGCACUGUAUUGUAUCAAGUGCUCAGUUCAGCACAUAAUACUGUCGAAAAUAACUGUAACAGUGAUACACUUGUCAGUACGGAAAGAAAACUAAAUACAAUGGUCAAGACUUCAAGAAAUAUUGCAAAUUAUAUUCUUCGUACAGAGAAACUAGGUAAAUUAUUUCAAGGAAAUCAACAGUUGUUGAAGACAUGUCUACAGAAUCGUGUCAUUCCAACAUCUGUCAAGAUCAGUCUUUUACAGAAUGCUGAGGAUCGUUUUGCAGAAAUGAAGUACAGAGACAUUCCAGCAGUCAUGGUUGAUGAUUUGUUUUCAAUUCUGAAAGAGGAUACAACUGAUUCAACUGUAAAAGCAUUUACAUUUUCACUUUUGAUGAAAACUACAAAUACGGUAACUAUCAGAAAAGUUGUGGACUUUAUGCUGCAGAGCGACAACACAGAUCAGAUGAAGUCCUACAUGACAUAUGCUGUUAGAAAUUUAUUUGAGAAUGAUGCUCCGGAUAUGAAAGAAGUGAGAGCCAGUUGGGAGGCAGCACAGAAAGAGAACUAUUUCAAUCCAAAUUUUCACCAUUUACACUCAGUCCCACAAAGUCUGUCAAAAAGUAUCGGAAGUGGUUAUUUCUAUAAGCUUCCUAUAAGUGAGAUAUUUGGAGGUCAGAUUGAAGCAGAUGUUAUAUUUGAUCCUUCCAGCAAAAUUUUCACUACAUUUAAAACUGCUCUUAACUUUUACUAUGGUGACGAGAAACACAAACUUUUUGAAUUUAUGGUCCGUGUGAAAGGUUUUGAUCUCUUGAUGGAUAUUAUACUCAAAAGAAUAGAUAUGACCCCAAUGGAGCUGUAUGAACUUUACAAGAAUUUGAAAGCCCGAGCUCAUGGUCAAGGUCAGGGUGAUGAACAGUUUGCAAAGUUUCAACAGAAUAUAGUAAAAGCUGUUGAGGAUAUUCUAAAAGAAGUGAAUCAUCCAGUUGAACUAGAUUUUGACCUUUCUUUGGAUAUUUCUGUUAAAGGAAAAGACAUUAUGUUUGGAAGUCUGCAGGAACUGAUGGCAAUAAUGAGGCAAAUGAAGUCCAAGUUACCUCCAAAUACCACAAUAUUACAGGUGUAUCUGAAAAAGCUAAUGGCUGGCAUAUCUAAAACUGUGUUCAAGUCUAAAGAGUUGGUUGGUCUGGUCCGAGAUCUGCCGACCUGUGCUGGUUUACCAUUGAACUUGACUGUACAUGCAUAUGGUACUCACAAGAUUGGAGACAGCUUGCAGUCAAAUUUAUUGAUGUUUAUGGCAAAAAAGAGUUCGACUUUGUCUGUUUCUGGGACACCAGGAAUAACAUUUUUACAUGAGUUAAAUGGAGAGUUAGCAGUGCAGAUUGGCACUUCUCAUAGUUCUGGUAUGAAAGCAAAGAUUCUGGUUGGAGCUCACAGGGAUGUGUCUUUAAAACUAACCUAUGGAUACAGUGAUCCCAUGGUUCUAGUUGAAAACCCGACCAAGAAAAAGCUAGAGUUAGAGAUGAAGAGAAUAUAUAAAGAUGAUGAAAGAUAUUAUCAGAAAAUAUUUUAUGCUCGAGGAAGAAUGCAGCUGAAUCAUUAUUCAGGUAUAGAAACAGUUAGUGAAGACCCGACAGUGUCAUCAGCCUACAGACGUUGUAAUGUGGAACAGUGGAUAUCUAUGAUCACUAGGAAAAAGAUGUGUCUAGACUUUGUCUAUCCAAAUGUGACAACAUCAAAAAGUCAUGCUUACUUCCCUUUGUCUGGUCCAUUUGAUUUGGAUAUUACAAUUGAGGACCUUGAUAGUAACAAAGUUGAUGUGUACAGGUUGGUUUUGGAGUAUGAGAGACAGAAAGUGGCAGGGGCUGGUUACACUGAUCAUAUCAAUAUAGCACAUAUUGGAAUAGAUGAUACAAUGAUGAGUGAGACAAAAUAUGCAUACUGGAAUAUAGUGUAUGUCAGAGAUGAUUACAGUCUAACCAUUGACUCUGCCCUCACGGAUUUACACUAUACGUAUUCUGCAAAUCUUACAAACACCUGGCGUUCAGGUUAUUUUGACUUCACAAUAGCUGAACUGCUCAAAAGAUAUGGUUUUGCUACUGGAUGUAUAUUUAAGGUAUUUCAUAAGCGUGAUGGAGACCUCAGAUUAUUUGAAUAUCACUGGAAUGUUACAACACCAACAAUUGGUUAUGAUAUUCACUUACUUACAUCUUCUUCGGGACCAUCUCAUAAACAGUUUGGUGACAGAAGUAUUGAUUUUUCCAUGACUUACUACUGUUCACAAGAGAGACCACUAUUGUACAUGUUUCACAUGAUGCCAACAUGGGCUGCUGAAAACUUUGAUACCAGCAAGAUUCACUUCAAAAAUAGUUAUACUCCUAAAGUCAGUGACAAUAAAGAUACCUACAAUGGCAUGAUAGAAUUUUACGGUCGUAAACUUGCAUGGGAUGCAUCUGUUGAGUAUGAUGGUCCAACUGCACGUGCACAUGAAAUAUUGACCUACACUGUUGGUGGUGUUGAGAAAACUGCUAACGCAUAUUAUUCCAGAACAUGGGGUCAGUCUGAGGCUGGAUUGACCCUUGACGUUACUGGAGAUAUACAGACGGAAAACUUCAAUAUCAUAGCAACUGGGUCAUGUAGUGCGAGUAAAACUGAUGUCACUGCAUCUGGUGAUAUUAAGUAUCAUAAUACAGAGGAAGAAAAUACAUUAAGUAGGAAGAAGCGAAACAGUGUUUAUGAAAAGUUAAAAGAGGUGGAGGAAGCUGCAGUCAACAAAGCAGUUGAAAUAAAGAAAAAGAUAUUUGGUGCAUCUGAAACUGAUGUUGUCAUAGCAACAGACAAAAAGAAUUCUGGAGAUAGCAGAUUUAUGGAACAAUUACAAGAUACAGAAUUUCCACAGUUUAGCAUAUGGGACCUUAAGGACUGGAAUACCAAGCUGUCUUUAUCUGCAAAACUGAAACCUAUAUUUGCUGAUGGAGUCACACCUGGUACAGCACCACCUGAAGCCAUGGAGGCUGUCGGCAUCUUUACAGCUGAAUAUCCAUGGAACGGAGGUUAUGUACGUCACAAUGAAACAUUUUCAGUUGGGAAGAAUAUGCGUAAUACAAUGAGACACUUCAGGAUGUGGUUGAGUGGGGUCAUGGAUACAACCUAUACAAACCUGGAUGGCACACCGGUCAUGGAUGGAAAUAAGCCACUGACUGUAACAAGACGUGGACUAAUUCAAGUUAUCAGAAAAGCUGGGGAAACAUUUGAUUUUGUCUUUAGUUUUAAUGGACCAAAUUUAAAGAAAGAUUAUUCAGUUCUGUUUGAUUGGGAUGCAGCUACUCACCAUGAGCCUCUAUACCAUGUGAGGUCUGAACAAACUAGUGAACUGAUGCCGUUCCUCAACCAUUACUAUGAUGAGAAGUUAUUCUAUGAACCUGCACAUUUAAUACACAACAUGGAAUUUUCGCAUGAGAUGUUGAAAAUCAGUGUUGAUACAGACUUUACUCCACGUAAAGAUGUGAUCGCACGUGAGAAUGGCUCAGUAUCAGUCAAGAUUCUGGAGAAGGUGUGGUCAUUUGAAUUUGAAAAUACAAUGGAAGUGAAAGAUAGAAGAAUACCAUCGGCACAGUGUUCAAUAUCUCCUGGAUCUAUGCCAGGCAAAACAUUUGUCUAUACAUGGCAAAUUAUGGAUGGGAGAACAUGUCUGAUUUCAGGAGCUUUGAGAAAGGAACCAGGAGCAGACCCCUUACCAUUAUGGAGUACACAGGUGGCUAUUAGGGGAACCAGUAUGUUAGAAAUCACACAAAGCUGGUCUCCUGCCUAUCAGGAGCAAAUGGAGAAUUCCCUGAGACAAGGUAUGGUGAAGGGAGCAAUGAUGUUGCAGGCAGUAGGGAACCAGCUGAGGGUCAACAUGGACAAACCUCUUUCUGAACAGACAUUCAUUUUCACACAUUUGAGCCCAGGUGAUGUCAUCAAACAAGCUGUGAUGCCAAACUUUAUUAGAGGAAUGAAGUUUUGGGGCCGAUUUCUUGGCAACAUCGUGCCUUUGCAGUACAGACCAGCAAACCCUGAUGUUCCAGGACCUGUGAUAGCACCAAGGUUUUCGUAUCUAAUGCAGGCAAUGAAAAAUGCUCCAAGCAGUGAACCAAACCCAAUGAUAAGAAGGUUACAAUUUCUAGACUAUCUUGCCAUUAAAAUGGCCAGUAAACUCUUGUUCAGUGUCAGCACAAGUGAAUUCAGAACUAAGAAAAUUGAGGAAAUACUACAGCAAGGACAGUAUACCUAUGUGAUCAGUACAACACCUUUCACCUUUAGAAGAUUGUUUGAUUUUCCAAAGCCUACACAGUUUUAUGGAAUUCUUUUCCAUCAAAUAAAAGAGAUGUUUGGUUUUGCUCGACAUUACUACAGAUACAGAAAGUUGGCAGAGGAAUCUACGAAAAGUGUAGCUGUUAUAUUUGGACGUCAUGAUUCUGACAGAGUGCUCAGUGUUCAAACAUUUGAUAACAGUUUCUUUGACUUGACAGCUAUUAAGACAGAAGAAUGCAGCUAUCUACUUGCCUCUGAUCUCAGACAACGAAGAUGGUCCCUAGUUCUCUCCCCUGCUGGUGUGACCUUGCUGACCUCUAAUAAGUCAGUAACAGUUGGGUGGGACAAGAAUGUGUAUCUAGACAACUGUAGACUACCAAGUGCGGAGGUCUCUGACGAUACAGUGACAGUCGAAAAGAAGGCUGAUACAAUACACGUAUGCACUCCAUAUGGCUUGAAUCUAGAGUUUGAUACGGCUUAUGAUAAUUGCCUUGUGACUAUGGAAGGUUCAUACAUAAAUGAAACCAUAGGUUUGCUUGGUACAAAUGAUAGAGAGAAAUCAACUGAUUUCCGGCUGAAAAGUGGUCAUCUCACUACAGACAGUAACCAGUUUAUGGCAGAGUAUGUGGUAGCUGGUUCCCAGACCUGCAGGGCACAAACUUCAGACUCUAGAGAAAAACAGGAACCAGGAGAUGAUAGCUGUGAGACAGUGAAGCAAGCUUGUAAUAAAUUGUUCUCGAAACACUAUUCAUCUAUAUACAAAUGUAGUUCUAUAACCUUCGGGUACUAUCAAUAUUGUGAGGCUGAGGGCCACAGAUGUGAGGAUGGUGUGAACUCUUGUCAUGCACUGAAAGCUUACAUAGAUGUGUGUGAACAGAAAGGCCUGAUAAAGGAGCCAGUACAAAUGCAAGGCUGUGAGUUUGAAUCACCUGUUAUAGAGAGUUCUGUAGCUGGUUCCUUGGAUAUUGUAUUUGUUGUCUCACAACAUGUCAGCAUGACUAAAAAGAAGGACCGUGCUGAAGACUAUAUGUAUGAACUAGCAAUCCUCAGUGCCUUUGAUCAGUUUAAAGAAGUCAGGUUUGGUGUGGUUUUAUUUGGAGGAAGUGAUCCAGCACCACAUGUAGUUAGGCUGGAAGACAAUAACAACUGUAUAUUUACCAAUAGAGAUGAUUAUGAUUGGGAUGGAUUGUUUGAGGUGUCGAAGCAGACAGCAGGUGGUACAGAUGACACUGACGCAUUCCUUGCUAUAAAAGAGGCAGCAGCAUUCCCAUUUAACCCUAUUGCUCACAAGAUGAUUAUCAUGCUAAUGACGAAGGAACAGAGUUCUGGCAAAGCGGCAGAUAUAUCUGCUCUCAAGACAGUCCUAGAGGAGCAGGAGAUCACACUGAAUGUUAUCUCAACAUACAGCAAGACAGUCAGUGCUAGAAUCAUCGGCAUUAACUCGGACGGUCGGGUCAUUACAAAAAAAUCAGGCUACAAGGGAAACAAAUCUCUCCCUAAGAAUGACUACACUGAACUGAUAACAGCCACUAAUGGUGCAUUGUGGGAUCUGAAUAUCAUAUCUGAAGGAAAUGCUGCAAAGAUGAGGCGAAUGUCAGAAGAGUUUGUGAAACAGACACAACAAAGUGACCAGCUGUUUUCGUCUGAAGCUUAGACCUACCAACAGUGCAAUAAUUAAUUACAAAUAGUGCAAUAAAACAUUUAAUCAUUAUGUUGUACAAUAUCACUAGACACAGGGUCUUUCAAAAUGAACUGUUUUGAGUGACCCUGCUAAACAGUAAUAGACUAUUAAGUUACUGAUUCACCUCAUGCAAUAUCACUAUUCUGUCACAGACUUACUGAUUCACAUGGUGUAAUAUUUAUGUCUCCCCACGGGGGAGACAUAUUGCUCUUGCCUUUGCCAUCUGUCCAUCCGUCUGUCUGUCCACAUUAAGCUUGUCCGGCUUUCACAGGUCAAACUGCUGGCUGGAUUUCGACGAAACUUCCCAGGAGGGAUCAGUGCCAAGCCUAGUUGUGCAUAUCGCCGGCAUGUUCCGCUUCGCUUCACAAAAUGGCCACCAGAGCUAAAAAUAAGAAAAUCUUAUCCGGCUUUCACAGGUCAAACUGCUGGCUGGAUUUUGACAAAACUUCCCAGGAGGGAUCAGUACCAAGUCUAGUUGUGCAUAUCGCCGACAUGUUCCGCUUCGCUUCACAAAAUGGCCACCAGAGCUAAAAAUAAGAAAAUCUUAUCCGGCUUUCACAGGUCAAACUGCUGGGGGGAUUUCGACGAAACUUCCCAGGAGGGAUCAGUACCAAGCCUAGUUGUGAAUAUCGCCGGCAUAUUCUGCUUUGCUUCACAAAACGGCUGCCAGAGCUAAAAAUAGAAGAAUCUUGUCCGGCUUUCACAGGUCAAACUGCUGGCGGGAUUUCGAGGAAACAUCACAGGAGUGAUCAGUACCAAGCCUAGUUGUGCAUAUCGCCGGCAUGUUCUGCUUCCCUUCACAAAAUGUCCACCAGAGCUAAAAAUAGAAAAAUCUUGUCAGGCUUUCACAGGUCAAACUGCUGGCUGGAUUUCAACAAAAUCACAGGAGUGAUCAGUAACAAGCCUAGUUGUGCAUAUCGCCAGAAUGUUCCACUUUGCUGCACAAAAUGGCCACCAGAGCUAAAGGUAUACAUAGGGGGAAGACAUAUGUUUUUGUGACAAAAACACCUUCUAGUCUUGUUCUGCAAUAGAUUUACUGGCCAACAUUGUGCAAUAUUCAUGUUCUGCAAUAGAUUUACUGACAAACGUUGUGCAAUAUCACCCAACUGUACUAUACUUAACAUUGUACAAUAUCACCCAACUGUACUAUACUUAACAUUGUACAAUAUCACCCAACUGUACUAUACUUAACAUUGUGCAAUAUCACCCUACUGUACUAUACUUAACAUUGUGCAAUAUCACCCAACUGUACUAUACUUAACAUUGUGCAAUAUUACUACAUGUAUAUGGUAACAGACUUACUGAUGUAAUCUACUGGUGAUAUACUUUUAGCAAUUGGCACAUAAGACCACUGUUUAAGACAAUUUACCUUGACACAUUGUCUACUAUAAUUCUAAUCUUUCCAGUUGUUUGUUAUAAACAGUUGUUGGUUAUCUUAAUUAAAGUUCCUUGAGUUACAUUACAGUUUUAAUGCUAUUUGUUUGGAAGAAUUCAGUGUUAAAGGUUAAUUGUUGUUAUAUGACUGUUUAUUUGAAGUAGCACAAAGAUUGUACAUUAUAUAUUUUAUUAAAUAUUUUAAUUAUUUUCUUGUAACAAGAGUUUGUGAUAAUAUAUAUUGCACCUUA